UCAAAGCUAUCCAAAUUUUUAGACAGUUCAAUUUCACCAUCAGCCAGCCGAUCUUUCGUUACGGAUUGGCCAUCAAUUUCAGUUUUCGUACUCUUCAAGGUAGCUUCCUACUUUUCCAAAUCGGACGACAUGUUUCGGUCACUAAAAAUUACACGUCCAAGUUUUCAUAUGCCGCGAAAUGCUAUCGACCGGAAAGCCUUAUAUUUGUUACAUCAAGAAUCGAAUGAAGAUAGUAUCCUCAGGGCGGCAAAUCGGUGUCAAAACUUUUUUACCAUUUCCACCAAAAACAAACCUAAUGAAUCGAGUUCGGCAGUUCGAGUCCGUUUAGCGCGUAGCCAAGAUGUACGCCAGAUUAUGAAAUUUGUUCGUGAAAAUUUUGUCCACGAAGAACCGCUUAUGAAGAGUCUGAAUAUUGCCUCCACCAGAUCCACUUUGCCGUUGGAGACGAUAAUUGCAACCCAUUUGAAGAAUGGAUUCACGAUGAUAGCAGUUGAAGGACAAAAAAAUGUUGUCGGUCUAGCCCUGAAUCUCCGGAACUGCUACUGGGAUGGGUCAGUUCUUCAGAACGCAGCCGAAAAAGCUGAAACGGAACCACUUAAGAAGCUGUUCUACAUUUGGUCCAUCGUAUCAUCGGAACCAAAGCUACACGAACGGUUUAUGACGCCUUGUAUUUUUGAACUCGCGAUGUUAGCCACGGCUCGUGAUUUUCAACGGCGAGGCAUCGGAUAUCAGCUAACGAUGGAGUCGCUGCGUUUAGCACGUGAUUUGGGCUAUCAGGUGGCCAGAAUGGAUUGUACCAGCGAGUAUAGCUCCCGGUUGGCCGAUCGGGUUGGCCUCGAGUGCAUCUGGUCGGUGCCGUACAAUCAUCUGGUGGACGGGAGCAGAAAACCGGUAGCCAAACCGGAACAUCCUCACACCCACAUCCGGGUCCAUGCGGCCAAGCUGGAGAACUUCAAUUAGAGUCCGCUCUCUCUGUCCCUAGACUAGCCCAGCAAGGUGGAAGGUUCGGUUUGAAAAAUGGAAUCCUAGCGCGACUUGGAGGACGGCCUUUGCAACAGUUCACCUUACCUUAGGUUCAUGCCACUCAUUGGAUUAAUUGGUUUUUAUUGAAUCAACCCUAUGUCACCUUUUCAUGAUUUAUUACACCGCUUUUUCCACCUUGA